GGCCGCGCCGCGGGGAAGGGGCGGCGAGGAGGAGGAGGAGGAGGAGGAGGAGGGCGCCGACGGCCACGGCACUCACGCACCCGCCCGCCGGCGCCUUUUCCCGAGGAAGCAGCCUCGGCCAGGUGAUGGUGAGUUCGCCGCUCAAUAAGCUGUUCCCCUGCUCGGUUAUCCUCAUCACCAGGCUUUGACUGACUGGUGUGAUGGAUGAAGCAGAGGAAAAACAGUUCAUCAGCAGUGCUCAAUAUGUGAGAGAAAUGCUAUACAAGAUGGAUUCAGAGCAUCAGACCUCUGCAAAUGAAUGUUCUGGAAGUGAACAGAGAUCUGCCAUCAAGUCUUCUGGGAAUAAACGAGGCUUUAGAUUUCCUAUUUUAGACAAGAUAUCCAUCAAGCAGAAGUUGAAACCCAACAUAAGCUUUAAAAAAGCAGAGAAAGGUGUACUUGACCCAAAUAAAGUCACUGCAGAUUUUGGAGCCCUUCAGGACUGUGCGGGACCAUCAAGUGAAACUGCAUUUGAGAACAGGGAGAGAUCUCAAGGAAGGAGGAGUUUAACACAGUCCUCUGAGCUCAGUCUAGAUUGCAGGGGGCUUGAGAAAAAACACAAAAUAGGAAGUGUCCCUGCGCAGGCACAAGCUCAGCCAUCCACAUCUACCUUCCAGGAAACUAGUGGUUCCUCUACAGCAAGCAAACUGAGUGGUUUAUCACUUCUGCAGCAUAAAAGAGCCUCUUUUAGGCCCAGAGGGAAAAAAUUUUGUUUUAUCCAACACUUAAACAGGAAAGAUUCUCAUGAAGAAGUGGAAGAAACUAAAGAUGCCAGUCAGUUAGAGAGAGAAAGUCUUUCUCUGAAUGUUACCCACUUUCCUAGUGGUCUGGGUCAGAGCCACAGAUCUAGUGAAAUAUCCUUAACACAAGGUGAACAACAUAGCUUGGAAGAAGGUGCAAACACUAAGACUACUUCAUCAAGGUGGGGGAGAUCUUCCCAUUGGCUUUUAAGAAAGAAAAAAUUGACAGUCAGUGCUGCUGAUCCACAGCAGAGAAAAUCUAGGGACAGUGACAAGUUGUACGCUGCAGAUGGGAUUUACAUAGAAGAUGCAGAUCAUUCUGAACUGGAAAGCAGACCAGCUAAUUCCUCUGUUCCAAAGAGGCACAGUAAUGCUAGUUCCACAGAUAGGGCUAGUGCCCACAAUUAUUGCAAAGAACAGCGUUCUGGUGAACACAAUCAGAACCAUUACGGUGGCUUUGUUAGUUCAUCCACAUCCACAGUUCCCACGCCUUCACCACGUUCUGCAUUCAACGGUCAAGGAUCCUUCACUUGGUUUGCACAGAGACCCAAGUCCUCAAUAAACAGGAGCUCAGCAACAGUUGCUUCACAAACACUGAAUUUGGAUGGUAGUUCAAAAUUCAGUAUGCAUACACCCUUGUCUCUUUUAUGCAAUAGGGACUCUUUUUUUACUCCAGCAAGCUUUGAUUUUUCAGUGCCUCUUCGCAGUAUACCUGAAGACAACAGCUUAGUGGAAGAGAGUACCAGUAACAGUUUUAACACUUCAUUUCCCAGCUGUGCCUCACACGACAGGGAGAGCUUACAGAAUUCACUUAGUUCUUUAUCUCUAGAUUCUUCCAGUCCAUCAUUGUUUCAGACAAGGUUCACUCCAGAUCUCCAGGCAGCUUCUGCUUUGCAUGAUCAGUUGCCAUUUGCUUUGCUGGCAGAAUUCGCUUUACAAAAUCUAAGUAGCAGCAUGAGCAACACAACAGUCCCCCAGUCAGUGAGCUCAAAGAAAGUGAAGAAGCCACAGGCAGAUCAGGAGAAACUUAAACAACUACAGGAAAGGUGAGGAAUAUAUUAAAUAUAUAUGCAAACACUAACAUAUAUAAACCAAUGGCAGCUAGAGCAUGAAUUCAUCUUUCAAGUUCUCUAUACAGUUGGAAACAAAAGUGUUCAUAGUUCUUCCAGCUAUGUUUCAGUCUUUACCAUUCAUGACAGCCCUGACUUUUAGUAAAUGGGGCAUGCCAAUAUUAAAGCGAUUACAGGUAUCGUUCUGUUGGCAACACUGAGAAAUACUGAAUGAGAAGAUGUCAUUUGCCUCAAAGCUUCUACAAAUCACACACACACGCUUGCUUUAUUCCUGAAGAACAUUAGGAAAUACUGCUGAAGCUUCUUGGGCAGUUACAUGAGGGAGAUUUGUGGUUUUAUUGUUACCGAGUUAGAGGCAAAAAAUAGAUUCCUCAAUGUGACAGAGUCCACCACAAUCUGCAGUGUGCUCUUUCAGCACUGGUACACAUGGUAAUGAGAGAUGGUCAUAAAACUUGCCACUUUGUUCCUCUUUAGGGCUUGCUUUGGGAUAGAUCCUGUUUAACAAGCGCUAAGCCCUUUUAAGCUCAGCUUCUUAUGUAUUUCAUCCACAAUCAAAAGUUCAAGUUUUAAGAGGCACAGCUUUGUUUGUCAAAGUUAUUUUCAAGUGUUUGCUUGGUCUCUGUGGUCUAAAUAGAGUAAUUUCUUUGACUGCAGAGACUUUCAAAUAAAGGCAGAAUGAAGGAGCAAUAGGUUUCCCUGCUGCUCAUUGUAAUCAACAAGCUGCUCGCUCUGUCUCGAGAAACUGCUUAAACAAUUAGAUUCAGAGAUGUUAUCAAGAAAAACAUUUCUGUUGUCAGCUUCCUUAGAAAUAAACCAACUGUCUCUAUUCUGAAGUUUGUCACUUAUCCCAGGGAACAUAGCAGUCAGCCAGAUAGAGGUUUCAGAUUGAAACUUUUUUUUAAAUUAAGGAAAGUCAGAACUACAGGUGCCAUGCUGCAUGUGGAGUUAACAUUUAGAAUGAAAUGGACAGCUACAGGUUUUUCCAGCUUUGCACUAAAAGGUGGUAAAUACUCAUCUGCACAGGUCUCCAGCCUGUUAGCCAAAAGCCUUUUCCUUCCUUCCCAACACAAAACAUUGGAGCAAACCAAAACACAGCUAGAAGGGGAUGGAGAAGAGGGGGGGGAAACUUGUAGAGUCUGCUUUUCUGAUUUAGAUUUUUUUUUAAUCAUGCAUGUAACAUGGAAGGCUAUUAGUCAGUGGUCAAAAUUAAGGACUGAGAUGAAGCUCCACAUGGUUAGGGUUUAAAUACAUUAAGAAGGGAGAAUGAUAAGUUAUUUGAUUUUUUUUGUACUCAGAUUUUUUUUAAAAAAAAACCAAAUUAGUUAAUCUAGAGUUAAAUCCAAGGCUGACUUUUUCCUGUUUAGAAUUCUAGUUGCUAAAGAGAAACCCAAUUUAGACAUCGAAUUUUAUGCAAAAAGUGUUAAAUUACAAUCAGUAAGUAGUUUGCUUGCUUUCAUUCAUCAUUCAUAAUUAGAAAGUCUUUAAAAUGGUUUGUUAUAUAGUUUUUUCCUACUUGAUUAAAAUAUCACUCUUAACCAAGAAAUGAACUCUCUGCACCACCACAAAUCUAGAAAGGUUUCUAGAAAAGAAAGCCACUUGGGACAAAUUUUUAAAAUGCAUGCAACACCAGCACAACUUCAGGAGAGGAGUAUUCAGCAGAAGCAUAUUCCUCAUAUGCAUCAAAGGCAGUAUUUAAACACCCCAGUUCUUCUCAAAGAACAGUGGCUGUAUAACUCUCAACAACAUAUUGUCAGAUGUUGGUUACACAAAAGCAUAGAGGGGAUUUAGAGACUAUAAGGUUUUUCCUUUGCACAAUUAUCAGCUUUAAGAAACACAUUAAUCUCAGACUGUUGCAUAUUAUACUUUCAGGUCGCCAUCAUGCAGUAAAAGUCCUUAGCAAAAUCUCUCCAAAUCCUAGAACAUUAGUGCAAAGAUACUGUCCUUUAUUUGACUGUAGACUUUGCUGAGAGAAGGUUUUGCUUUCUUCUGUU